AUGACCUCGAACCCUCCUCAGUCGGGCGUUCAACCAGGACAGAGCACCGCUACCUCCGCCUCCAACCCGUCCGUUACUUCAUCUACCCCCUUGGCUGCGACGGCCAAGUCCUACGCCAGCGCCACGAAGAAGUCCACCACGGACUCCUCCGCUGCUCCCGUCACCGUGGGUGGCUCGGCGCAACAUGGGAAGUCGACUUCCGCAUCUCCAGUGAACGGAAAACCCAUGCAAUCUCAAAACUCCCAGCAGCAGGCUCAGUCUGGGGUCACCAUUGUCAAUGGUGCUCCUACAGCCCCUGCCGCUGCUCAGAAUGACCACUCUCGCAAGCCUUCUGUGACCAUCACCUCUGCCGGUGCUUCGGGAUACAUGCCCAACGGUGGCCCUGCCAGCCGGCCCAACUCUCUUCAGUUCGGCUUCGCCAACCAGCAGAGCUCCCCCAACAUGGGUAACCCAGCUGUGCUCGCUUCCACCCAGGCCCAGUCUGGCCUGGGUGCCCCUUCCACCAACCCCCGCGUGACUUCGCCUCAGACCUCCCCGUCGCCUAUCCCACAACCCGCCUCCAGCGGUGGUCGUCCCCCACCUUCGACCUACCAGGCACAGGGCAACGUUCCUAACUUUGGCAGCUUUGGAGAGAAUACUGGUGAUAACAACGCCCCUCUCGGCCCCGGCCAGCAGCACGUUCGUCGCGAGUCCUCCCAGUCCACUCACAGUGAUAUGAGCAACCAUAUGGGUAGUGGUCCUGGCCGUGGUGGCUACCCUCACCAGGGUGGCCGCGGUCGCGGAUACUCCCAGUCUGGAUACCAAGGUGGACAGAUGCCCUACUCACCAGGCCCGAACUUCCGCCAGACGCCUAACCAGCCUCGCGGUGGUCCCAACAUGGGUCCUCAGUUCCAUGGCCCUAACCAGGGCCGGCCGAUGCCUCCCUUCCCCAACUCGCCACACCAAGCGAACCGAAGCCCGGCGCUCGCCAACGCGCAUCCCACCACUCCCCAGAUGAACCAAGUUCCCAUGGCCCACCCGCAGAUGCCUCCCCAGCCCUACCCCGGCUACGGACAGCACAUGGGCCCCCAAACUGUGAGAAACCCACCCUACUCCCAUCCAAACAAACCCGCCCGGCGUGGCAACUAUCGCAACCAACGCGGCCAUGGCAAUAACCAGAGCCAAUCCAGCCACCGUGGCAAUCAUGGUGACUAUGGCAGCUUUGGCAGACUCCGUGGAAACAGCCGCCCCCCUGUGGUUCCCCCUACAGUUCCCAUGCCUUUACCAGAUCUCGCUCCGGAGAGCGGUCAGUUUGAACAAUGUCUAACAUGGGUCAAAAAUAAUCAGGGCUACCCUCCGAGUUACGAUCCCAACUACGGCUUCUAUCCAGGUGGUUAUAACAUGCAGAACAUGCAGUACAUGACCCCUCCUUCGCCGCAACCUCGUCCUGGCAUGCCCUACAACCCGCAGGCCCCCUACAUCCAGCAGCAAUACCCCGUCCAGCCUCCUCCCCAGUCGACCCCGCUCUCUCGCACCCCGUCGCAAGUAUCGACUGACCGUCCUGGCUCGAGCCUUGGUCAACCCGCCCCUGCUGGUGCUGCCGGCGCUGGUCACACUCACACUGGUAGCAGAUCCUCGAACAGCCCCGUCCCCGCGAAGCCUCACUUCGUCAUUCCCUCUGCCAAGAAGAGUCCUAUCAUCAUCAAGGACCCUAACAGCGGCAGCGUGAAGACGUUCGACAAGAACCCCGCCUCUCCUGCUCGUGCUACUCCCUCCCCGGUGAAGAUCGCCACUCCUACUGCGACUCCACCUCCCCGCACCUCCAGCGCUGCCGACCACUCCCGUACCGACAGCAAGGCCAGCAGCGCCAAGACUGACGAGGAGAAGAAGCAGGAGCUGAAGGAUGCUGUGCGCCAGAAGAUCCAGGAUGAUGAGGCUGCCCAGAAGCGCAAGGCUGAGGAGGCUGCCCGCAAGAGCGCCGAGGAGGCUAAGACCGCUGAGGUUAAGCCCGUUGAAACCAAGCCCGUCGAGGCCAAGCCCGUCGAGGCUAAGAAGGAGGAUGCCACCGAGUCUGCUCGUGCCGCCCUGGAGGACUUGAGCUUGAAGGAGAAGGCCACCCCCGCCGAAGAGCCCAAGAAGGCUCCCGCUCCCACUCCCGCCCCUGCCCCGGCUCCCCCCGUUGAGGAGGAUGAGAUCGACUACGAUGCUAUCGAGCGUGAGAUGGCUGAGAUCGAAGCCAAGGAGCGUGCCGCCGAAGAGGACUACAAGCGCAAGAAGCAGGCUCAGAAGGAGGAAGCCGAGCGCAAGGAGCGUGAAGAACGUGAGCAGUACGAGAUCAACAUGAAGAAGGCCGAGCAGGAGGCUGAAGAGCGUGAGCUCGCUCGUGAGGCCGCUCGUGCCAAGGGCGACACCACCGAGGAUGACGCCAGCCGCAAGGAGCGUGAGGAUCUCUUCGCUUCCCUCAAGAAGGGCGGCUUCACUGCCACCGAGACUUCCACUCCGGCCGACAGCGGUGCUGCCACACCCGUUUCGUCUGACAUCUCCAUGGGCCCCCCUGCUAAGCCCGCCGGUGCUGCUGGUGCCAAGAAGCCUGCUGGCCUGAAGCUUGACACCCCCAAGCCUACCGAGCCUCCUCAGCCGAGUGCUGCCAUGAAGUCUCUUCAGAACGCCAAGUUCCUGGAGGACCUUAGCAAGAUCACCUAUCCUUCUUCCGUCAACGCCCCCGAUGCCUCUCUCAAUGCCAACUCCCCCGCCGGUCGCCGAUUCCACUACGACCGCGACUUCCUGCUCCAGUUCCAGGCUGCUUUCAAGGACAAGAUCUCCAUCGACUGGGAUGCCCGUGUGCGUGAGACUGUCGGUGACAGCGACGCCUCUUCUCGGCCUCAGUCUGCCCGCACCCCCAGCAUGGGUGGUCGCAACCCCUCCCACAAGGGUCUUGGUGGCUUCCCUGGUGCCUCCUCCAUGGGCAACUUCGGUCAGACUGCUCGUCACAGCAUGCCUGCCGUCAACCCGUCUCUGGGUGGCCGUGGUGCCCACCCCUUCGGCAGCUUCGGCCGUCCUGGCAUGCCUGGCAUGGGUGCUCCUAUCUCUCGCAACAACUCUUCUAACAUGCCCAUGUCUCCUCGUGUGGCAUCUAGCAAGGGUGGUGCUGGCAGCAAGCGCGGCAAGCACGGUGCCAAGAAGGAGGAAGACUCUAACAAGGCUAUGCCUCUUACUGCCGGUAUGGAGCUCAAGGCUCUGCAGCAGAGUGCCACUGGCUGGAAGCCUCGCAGCGUUGGUACCAACGCUACCGCCGGUCCCGCACCUGGUGGUGAGGGACACAUGGCUCCCGACGUUGUGCAGCGCAAGGUUAAGGCUGCCCUGAACAAGAUGACCCCCGAGAAGUUCGACCGUAUCUCCUCCCAGAUUUUGGAGAUUGUGUCCCAGUCCAAGGACGAGUCCGACGGCCGCACUCUGCGCCAGGUCAUCCAGCUUACCUUCGAGAAGGCUACUGACGAGGCUCACUGGGCUCCCAUGUAUGCCAAGUUCUGCAAGAGCAUGUUGGAGAGUAUGAGCGUUGAGAUUAAGGAUGAGAACAUUCGCGACAAGAACGGAAACAUUGUCACUGGUGGUUCUCUGUUCCGCAAGUACCUGCUCAACCGCUGUCAGGAGGAGUUCGAGCGUGGUUGGAAGGUCAACCUCCCACCCAAGCCUGAGGGUGUCAACGAUGAGGUUGCUAUGCUCUCCGACGAGUACUACAUUGCCGCUGCUGCCAAGCGUCGUGGUCUUGGUCUCGUCAAGUUCAUUGGUGAGCUGUACAAGCUCGGCAUGUUGACGGAGCGUAUCAUGCACGAGUGUACCAAGCGCCUGCUCGACUUUGAGGGUGUGCCUGAGGAGGCUGAGGUUGAGUCUCUGUGCAACCUGCUGCGUACUAUUGGUGCCAGUCUGGAUGCUUCUGAGAAGGGACCCGCCAUGAUGGACGCUUACUUCGCCCGCAUCAGCCACAUGAUUGAAAUGCCCGACCUGCCUAGCCGUCUCAAGUUCAUGCUGAUGGAUAUCGCCGAUCUGCGUUCCCAACGCUGGAAGUCCAAGGACGCCGACAAGGGUCCCAAGACUAUCCAACAGAUCCGUGAGGAGGCUGCUCGUGCUCAGGCCGAGGCAGAGGCAGAGCGCCAACGCCAGCAGGCCAACCGCGGUGGUGGCGGUGGUCGCCCGGCUAUGGGCCGCGGUGAUGCUCGUGGCUUCGGUUACGGUAACCAAGCCCCUCCCCCCGACUACGCUUCCAGCAAGGUCGGCAGUGAUGACCUGCGCCGUCUGCGGGCCACCCGCAACACCAACCAGCCGAUGUCCUUCGGCCCGUCCAGCCUGCUCGGAUCCCGCAGCAGCAGCGGUCGCAAGGGCCUUGGCCCUGGUGGCAACCUUGUUCGGGGCAGCGACGACAGCGCUGCAAGCAGCCGCACUGGUACUCCCCCUGCUGGUAAGAAGGAGGACAAGGAGGCUGCAUCAUCAAUCAAUGCUUUCAGCGCCCUCGCCGCCCUGGAAGAUCGGGAUAACAUGGCUACUUCGCCUCCCUCAAACCCGACUUCCCCCAUGCUUACCAAGUCGCAGCCUGCCACCGCAGAGCGCCGGCCCUCAAAAACCCCCUCAAAGGAUGGGGAGGACGCAGCAUAG